CACCGCAACUAUAUUUUACACCAGCGCGGCUCUAUGUAAUAUUUUGUCGCUUUUAAUAGGUAACUUUAUGCCUAUUUGUAAAACAAGAGCCGUAUUAACCACUCGUUUUGGUGUUAGCCGAACAUAAAUAUAUUUUUUUGUACAAAUUACAGUCACGGAGACAAUACCUGAUGCAAAGCCCUUAAAUCAUCUUCGUGCUUCUCAUCAUUCAACGUGUGCGGUCCUCUCUUAAUGUUAACAAUAUUCAUACGGCAGCGGUAAAAAAUGAUGGCACAGCUCUAGACAAUCGGUUUUAUGGAGACAGUCUUACGAAUCCACAGUGGGUUUGUGCUUUCGCUGUGCUGCAGGGGAAUGGGAAUAGUGGAACAACCGGGCCCAGACGGUUGUCGUGCAAACGCAGCGCCGCCAGUCGCGCCUCGGACAAAAGCGAGGAAUAAAAAAAAAGAUGAAGAACAAGGGGGAAAAGCGGCUCCUUCCGCGCCGCUACCUGUUCUAUCCAGCAGGUGUCGCUGCACAAGCGGGGAUCAAGCGCCGCUUCCCGAACAGGGAGCGACAGAGAAAGGCCGCACUUGACACGCAAAGCACGCGAAGCACGCGAAGCACACACAGCAAGUUGAACCCCAACUUGGAUGAAUAACAUGUAAUAAAUGUGUGAAAGAGAUUCGACCAAUCUUCCUGCCACUUGUACUUCACUAGUUUCUAAGACUGUCGUGUCGACCACACACAUCCCUUCGAUUGAUAAUCAUAGCUACAAUUUUAGGAAAUGAUCCUUUAGAAAAUCUCCUUUAAGUUUAAUGAAAUGAUCCUGCUGACGUCGAAAGUGACUCCAGUGGUUUUGAAACCGUUAACGCAUAACGAUUUAUGCCACUUUUCUGCUAACGUGCGCGACUCUCGUAACCGUCCCUAAAUUACUUCAAUUGCUGUGUCGCUUUACUCCGCCGAGGGGCGCUGUAAACACGCGUUUCCAUGUGCGACUACAGCUGGGCGAAGCGUAGCGCCGCUCUCGCAAAGCUUGUCGGGAACCCGGAAGCGGCCGUCGCAGAGGCUGCCGGGAUGCGCGGGCCGCCAUGUUGUAGUUCUCGAGGUGCGCUGCUGUUAUAAAAAGGCACAGAAGGGGGUGCGCCGGUUCCCAUGUGUUCAAAAGAGUGUGUGUGAGUGGAAGAGCGCGCGGCUGGGAGAGACCAUGAAGGAGAUGUCGGUGUGCGGGAACGGCACGGUUGGCGGGCAGCCUCCCCUGAAGCACUACGGCAUCACUUCUUCCAUCAGCCUGGCGCUUCCCGGUGAGACGGAUCACCUGUUAACCCAGAGGCUCGUAGAAGCCAUGAAACUCUUUGGUGUCUUUGAGGACGAGGAGGAGCUGAACCACAGGUUGGAGGUUCUGGGCAAACUGAACUUGUUUGUGAAGGAGUGGAUAAAGGAGAUCAGUAAAACUAAGAACCUCCCGCUGUCUGCCAGUGUCAGUGGCAAGAUCUUUACGUUUGGAUCUUUCCGGCUUGGAGUGCACACAAAAGGCGCGGACAUCGAUGCUCUGUGUGUGGCUCCCCGACACGUGGAGAGGGCCGACUUCUUCCUCUUCUUCUUUGAGAAGCUGAAGAAGCACGAGGAGAUCAAGGAGUUGCGAGCUGUGGAAGAUGCCUUCGUUCCAGUUAUCAAAUUCAAGUUUUAUGGGAUCGAGAUCGACCUCCUCUUUGCCAGGCUUGCUCUCCAUACCAUUCCUGACCAUCUGGAUCUGAGGGGAGACUUCCUGCUGAGGAACCUAGACAUACGAUGUAUUCGCAGCCUCAACGGCUGCAGAGUCACUGACGAAAUCCUGCACUUGGUGCCAAACAAGGAGAACUUCCGCCUCACACUGCGGGCCAUCAAGCUGUGGGCCAAACGACGUGGGAUCUACUCGAAUGUGCUCGGCUUCCUGGGGGGUGUGUCCUGGGCGAUGCUUGUGGCACGAACCUGCCAGCUGUAUCCCAAUGCCAUCGCUGCAACUCUGGUCUACAAGUUCUUCCUCAUCUUCUCAAAGUGGGAGUGGCCUAAUCCUGUGCUUCUGAAGCAGCCUGAGGAGAGUCACCUGAACCUGCCUGUCUGGGACCCACGAGUGAACCCUGCAGACAGGUACCAUCUGAUGCCCAUCAUCACUCCUGCUUACCCACAGCAGAACUCCACCUACAAUGUGUCCACCUCCACACGCGCCAUCGUGACUGAGGAGUUCAAAUAUGGUCUCAGUGUCACAGAGGACAUUCUCCUCGGCAAAGCUGACUGGUCGAGACUUUUUGAGCCUCCAAACUUUUUCCAGAAAUACAAACACUACAUAGUCCUGACGGCCAGUGCGUCCACAGAGGAAAGCCAUUUGGAGUGGAUCGGUCUCGUAGAAUCAAAGAUCCGAGUUCUGGUGGCCAGUUUGGAAAGGAAUGAGUACAUCACCCUGGCCCAUGUGAAUCCACAGUCUUUCCCUGGCUCCAAGGACGAAAGUGAUUUUGUCUCGAUGUGGUUCAUUGGAAUCAUCUUCAAGAAGGUGGAAAAUGCGGAGAGCAUGAACAUCGAUUUGACCGGUGACAUCCAGGCCUUCACAGACACGGUGUACAGACAGGCCAGCAACGUGAACAUGCUGAAGGAUGGCAUGAAGAUCGAUGCAAUGCACGUGAAGAAGAGGCAGCUCCACCAGUAUUUGCCCCCAGAGGUAGUGCAGAAGAAGAAGAAGAGCAUUGCGGAGGUGAGCCGCGGUUGCGGAACGGGGGGUCCCAAGCGUUCCUCCUUGGACGGGAGCCGACUGGACAGCUCACAGGACACCGACUGUGGGACGCCCUUCACUUCGCCCACCUCGGCAAGCCGACCCGCUGCCACCACUAGCAGUUCCCCGCCCCUACUGUGGAUGGACAGCCCACCAGGCAGGGAGACGGCCCAUCCAAAGGUUGAGCGGGGAUCAUCUGUCCCGGUGAUGGUGUCCGGACCUACAGCACCCCCCAAUACUGCUGGCAUCAUCCCCCUAGUGGUGGACAGGACUUCAGUUUUGUGCCCAAACCCACAGACAAGCCUGCACAAUGCAGCAGAGGUGACUGCCAGUGGCUCUGCCUCCAAGAGGCCUCACUCCCCACUUCUGGGAGACUCUUCCAGGAAGCUCAAAGACACAGCGAAGCUGCUGUCUGUGGACGACUGCGCGUUCAGAGAGACGUCCCUGUCACCCAGCGAAGGGCAGGAGCAGGGUGUCCGGGCUGUGCAGGGGGGUCUCAGUGGGACUAAAGCAAUGCCAAUCUUGACCAUCUGCACAUCUAGAACACAGAGGCUGUCCAGCAAGGAGCUGCCAGACCCUUUGUCCCCCAUCCCCACCAGGACCCUCCGCGUAGUGAAGAACGCCAUUAAGAUCACGCUCAACCGGUAGCUCCCCGCCUU